UUCUAUCAUAGUAACCUAUGCAACUUUAUUUCAUCCACCGGUCAUCUAGUUGCUGAUUCAUGAAAAACGUCAUUCAAAUUUAAGUGAAUUGAAAAAGUCUUUGAAAAUGGCGCUAUUACCUCUCGAAUCGAACCCUGAAGUAAUGAACAAGUUUCUUCAUUUGUUGGGUGUUCCCAACAAAUGGAACAUUGUAGAUGUUUACGGAUUAGAGCAAGAUGAUUUAGCCUGCAUUACAAAGCCUGUUUUAGCUUUAAUUCUUCUGUGUCCAAACAAUGAACAAUUCAAUAAACACGCUGAAGAAGAAUCCAUAAAACUAAAAGAGGAAGGUCAAAUUAUCACUCCAGAUUUAUUUUUUGUGAAACAAUCUGUGCCAAAUGUUUGUGGGACAAUCGCUUUGAUACAUUCUAUCGCAAAUAACUCAGAAAAACUAGGUGUAGAGGGACCAUUCAAGCAACUUUUGGAAAAAACCAAAGACCUAACACCUGAAAAACGGGGAGAAUUGUUAUUCAGCUCCGAAGACGGUGAAUCGUUCAAUUUAAUGGCAGCUCAUCAAGAAUUAGCUAAAGAAGGUCAAUCUGAGGUCAACCCAAACGAGCCCACCAAUAAUCAUUUCAUGGCAUUGAUACAAAAAGACGGACAUUUAUAUGAACUCAACGGGAGUAAAGAAUUUCCCAUCAAUCAUGGACCGACAACUGAGGAUACUUUCCUCGAGGAUGCUGCAAACGUUUGCCGUCAAUUUAUUUCAAGAAAUGCCGAAGAUGUCAAUUUUACUGUGAUGGCUUUGACUGCAGCUGAGAAUUGAGGUGCAAGUUUACAUAUCUCGGCAAUUUUUACAUGCAAAAUUUACUGUGGAAAUAUUUGAAUUUUUUAGGCUUAAAGACCAAAAUAUACACACGCAUUUUAUGGCUUUUAUUGUGCCUUGCUUUUCAGUGUGAUAUUUAUUGGCUUACAUAAAUUGUGUAAAACAUGAAUAAACAACAUCUAAAAACACUA